AAAUAGCCGCAGCGACGACGGCAGUGGCAGUGGUCGCCGCCGCUGCUGCUGCUGCUGCUGACGCAGGAACAGAACAGGAGAAGGAGACUGUGGCUGCCAUAGCAGAACUCAAACGAGCGGACCUGCUGCAGAAACAUCAUCGUUGUCGCGAAUCGUCGUCAUAGCAGCAAUGGAAACGGCAACCUUAACAUACAGAAAUGCGCCGAUACUGAUGGCGACUUCUGCUGAAGCUGAAGCGGCCGCUGCUGUUGUCUGUCUCUCCGUCCAUUUGUCUAUGCCGGGAAGCAGUAGCGCUGUUACACGGCUACGACAUUCAACGUUGAGCUGAGAGAGCGACGUUGAAGCGGCUGCCGCGGUCGUCGUCGUCGUUGUUAUCGCGUGUCUGCCAAUUGAUAGUCGGUCAGCAAGUGAGUCGCGUCAGUUGUUGUGCUCCUUCUGCUGCCGUUAGGACUACCGUCGUCAGCGCGAUCACUCGGGAUAAAAUUGUAAAAGCUAAGCGGACAACUGGCUGGACACGGAACCCGACACAUUGCACGUCUGUAUGUUGCAAUCGUUGUUGAUAGUGUAGUAAAACAUAAUGCAAUUAGACAACUUUGUGAAAAGCGACAGAAAGAAAUGAGAAUAAGGCGAUGUGUUUUUGAUUCCCUCAAACUUGUUGAGGAAAUCCUCUCAGCGAAGUGAUAACGUGCAAGAAGUGAAAUAAUCUUAAGGACGGAAAGGCGCUGCAUCGACCGUAGUGAGAGAAAAUGACGGGCUGGGAAGUUUGAAGGUGCGCAACAUCCGGAGCUCGGUCCUGGUGCCGAUCGCCAUAAGGGUGGCUUGGUGGUAAUUUGGUGAUGCGUGAUUGAUGUUAACGGGUCUCAUCUUAUGCUUGCGCUGCUCCCUCUAUCUCUUGAAUCGAAUAGAAAACUAUCAUCAUGGUCAUAGUGAGGCCGGUGCUAGAAUAGAUCAGAAAUUCUAAAAAAAUCAAGCAAAACUACCUGUUAGUGCCUUCAUUGAUCUUUCGCGCACCGUUAAGGAGGAGAAUGGUAUGCGAAACGUUGUCGGUGGUGCAAGCGCUUGAUGAACUUUGAGGUGAGCGGUGAGGUUCGGUACGGUACGUUGAGGUGAGGUGAGGUGAGGUGAGGUGCAGGAGCUCGUCAGCCUGUUCCGCGUGUGAUGACAAGCAAAUGGUUGGUGAGGUGAGAGGAAAAGAGCCAACUUAGUGUGCACCUGGUAAUUGAACUUUGUGCAGAUCUAAAGGAGGAGCGAAUAAAAGGGGCUUAAUUCAAAAAAAUUUACUUGGUGUUGGUGGGUGGUGCCACGAGUGUUUGAAGUUAAGGUGUCAGGGGCAACGAAGUGUCAGCUGGGCGUGUAUCUGUAAAUACGAAGUGGAAGAAAGCAAUUAAACACAAUGGAACAUCCUCGCUAUGCUGUGCUGCUCUGGGCGGUGACGGCGGGCAGUCAGGGUGAAUCUCUAGGAUCGGACGAGACUGACACGGUAGCUAUUGGAUGGUGUGUCGUAGACCUCGCCAAUAUAAAGGUGAUUUUGUCUCAGACAGACGUAGUGAAACCUCGAGCGGUCGAUAUCAACGAUAACGUACAACUCAGUGAUGAAGUACGUGAACAGUGUAAUAUAGCUGAGGAGCGCGUACGUGAAGCGAGACCUCUUGAGCAGGUGAUUGAAGAGUUUAUCAGUCUCCUACAAACGAGACUUGAUUGUUCUGACCCGGCGGAUUUCCAGCUUGUCACUGAUGGCCAACUUCAUCUUCGACAGGUUCUUCAUCCGGAGUCAGUCCGUCACCAGCUCGUUCUGCCAUCGAGCCUGUUUUCAUUCUUCGAUCUCAGGAAAGAGUUUGCACGAUUCUACAAUGCCGACUCCGUUCCUAAUACUGUCGCCGAUAUGCUCAACUAUCUCUCGUUGGACGCGGAUAACAGCGCCGAGUUUAUCUCUCGUCAACUUCAGAAUAUGGCUUCCAUUGUGUGUCGGAUGCUCAAUGACGGGCAUAAGUUUACACAACCGGAGGUAGUACUCCAAAGAUUAGAACCCGGAAUUUGUUCAAAAGGCGACACGAUUGAGAGUGGCUGUGUAGCUCGUGCCCGAGGACUCCCAUGGCAGAGUUCCGACCAAGAUAUAGCAGAAUUCUUCCGGGGACUUAACAUCGUCAAAGGUGGUGUGGCUCUGUGUCUCACUGGGAUGGGACGUCGCAAUGGUGAGGCGCUGAUUCGUUUCGAGUCCGCAGAACACCGUGAUAUGGCUUUACGAAGACAUCGACACCAUAUUGGACAAAGAUACAUUGAAGUUUAUAGGGCCACGGGUGAAGACUUCGUUAACGUGGCUGGAGGUAACAACGAUGAAGCACAGGCGUUUCUCUCUCGAGGUGGACAAGUAAUCGUUCGUAUGCGAGGUCUUCCUUACGAUUGUACGGCUAAACAAAUCAUCGACUUCUUCGGUCAGAAUGAUCCACCCAUCCAAGUGCUCACGGAUAGCGAUGAAGGUAUUAUGUUCGUCAAAAAGCCCGACGGCCGUGCAACUGGGGAUGCAUUUGUGCUAUUCGCGAGCGAAGAGGCGGCUGAUCGUGCGCUAGCGAAACACCGCGAAACCAUCGGUGCCAGGUACAUCGAACUGUUCCGCAGUUCAACCGCAGAAGUACAGCAGGUGCUGAAUCGAACGAUGGACACUCAUAACCGAAACGCCCAAUUUAUUAUACAACUCCAACAGCAACAACAGCAACAACAACAGCAACAAACAGGACCACAAAUGCCGUCGCCCACGAGUGCAAAUAGUCCUUUGUUGGCCAAUAUUUCACAGGUCCCCUUGUUGCCGCCGCCUCUUUUACAAAGUCAAACAGCGUCUCUAGGCUCGCGCAAGGAUUGCAUACGACUCCGUGGCCUUCCGUACGAAGCGCAAGUGGAGCACAUCCUCGACUUCCUCGGUGAAUACGCCAAGAAUAUUAUCUAUCAUGGCGUACACAUGAUCUACAAUGCUCAGGGCCAACCCUCCGGAGAAGCGUUUAUUCAGAUGGAUUCAGAGCAGAGUGCUUUCAUUUGCGCUGCUCAUAGACAUCACCGGUAUCUUGUCAUCAAUAAGAAGCAACGAUAUAUCGAGGUCUUCCAGUGUUCACUGGAGGACAUGUUACCAGUUCUUCAAGGUUUACAGGUUCAGCAGUCUUCGUCGCCAGUUGGUGGAUUAACUACUCCUCGGCCUGGCCUGGGCGGUCUACCGAUCCCUAGAUGGCCAAGUGAAAUUUCGCCGUUUGGCGCUGCCGCUACUACAACUGGUGUGGCGUCACAGUUUAGUUCCUUAGCAGGACUUCCUGCAGGCCUCUUUUAUCCAUCACCGGGCGCACCGGUCACUGCUAACGCCUUCUCAACUCGAUCCGCAGCUCCUGGUGCAGCAAGUAUACCCUCACCUCGAGUAUCACCUACUUCACCAUUAGCUCCUCUAUCACCUAUUACCUCACUAUCACCGAUCUCUCCCUUGGCCUUCAUGCCACCGUCGAUUUCUUCCAUCACAUCGAUGGCUUCGCUGACACCGAUGCCUUCAAUAUCUUCACCCCUUGCGCCUAUUUUGCUCCCGGCCCACGCCGCCCAUGCAGCCCACUACGCACCCGCCGGCAGUUACCCGGCAGUCGCGGCGGCAACCGUUCAUCAGGCUCAACAGGCACAAGCCCUAAGGCUUAUGCCGCAGCACGACGCGUAUGUCGGCCUGUAUACGAGUACUGCGCAGUGUUAAAGUUGCGGACGAGUACAACAAUGAACUGCGAGUGCAUACGGAAUUCUGCCUGUCACCAAAGCAUGAUUCCCUAUGCCAAAUCUGAUGUCGCUCUGAUAAUUUCGUCAACGAUUUCAUAAGCGCAUUUGGGUUCGUAUGGCGGUGGGCUAAUUGGAAGCACGCCCCUUUGAAAAGCUCUUUUGCCAGCGGCCGGUCUGAGAUCUGCUAUCGCUGAUUCAACACGCGUGGCCACGCUCAUAUCGCAAGACUCAACUCAGAGAUUCAAUUAAUCAUAGACAUUUUUUAUAGCCAUUAAUUAUAAUUUUUAUCGUUUAUUUAAUUGUUAUAUUUAUUAAUGCAUCUAUUCUUUUUGAGUUCGAGUGCUCAUUUCCGAAGCUGAGUGGUUGUCGCUUGAUGUGGCAAAUCUGCUAUUUAGAUGUCGUAAACUUUGGCAAGUAAUAAAAAGAAGACACACCGAUGCUCAACUUGAACCAGCGAAUGAUUAACUUCUUAUAACUAAUCUUCAUAUCAUCAAUGCUAUUAAAACUGAUCCUGCCUGCAAUCGUCAAUCGUUCGCUUAUUGGAAAAGCGAAAGCAAAGAGAUCAUUACGAUGACAAUCGUCAACUCAUCAGAAAAGAAUGCUGGUGACGCAUGCGCAUUAUUCAAGAGCAGCUAUACCCUAUCUAGAUAUAUUUUUCUUUCCUAUAUAUAUAUAUAUAUAUAUACGUGAGAUGUUAACCUAUAAGCUCCAUAUUGACUUUGUAGGAUUACUAUCAUCUAAUGCAGGCAAGUCGGAUAUAAUAAACGUCCAAAAAAUGUGGGAUUGCCCUUUCGCCUGUUAACGCAGUCAACACGUGAAGCUGUCGCUAGAAGUGAUAAUUAUUAAUUACGCUUUAACAGUGAUAGAAAGAAAAUAGAUAAAUAUAAACCGCAGUUUCUUAAGCUGAAAUAUUACUGUUAACUGAGGAGAUGGAGCCGCCGAUGUUUACAUAUUUUUGUCAAGCUAUAAAUAACUUAAGCAGAUAUUGGCCGUUCGUAAAUAGCGGGGCAAAACCUGGGAAAUGUAGUGAAAAUGAAAUGUGUUUUAAGCGAGAUGCUAAAUCUAGCAAAAAAUCAAAUUAUGUUUGGCGUUACUUUUAAGUUCAACGUAUUUUACGAACCGAGUUUUUUGUGUGUCCUAAUUGAGAUCAACUGCUCUCUAUCUGUUGUGUUUUGUUUUCGGUGCGCUGAAACCUUCGAUAUCAUGCUCAGGUAAUUUACGAAGAGCCUUUUAAAACAGGACCGGUGUGUCCCAUAUUUUUUAAAACCGAGAUAUUUAUCUUGACAAGUUUUAGCUCAGUGUGGCAUGAUUUAUAUUGUGCUUACUAAUUUUCUAAGGAUUAAAAAUAAACAUUCUCUUAGCCGCUGCCAUAUAUUACUUUAACAAAACGAUGCGGGAUUUUGCAAUAAGCUCGUGCAAUUUUCUCCACACAAUUUCGAAAAAUAGAAGGAUCCAAGUGUUACGAUCCGACGGAAUCGACCGUAACAGCAUCUCGAUUGGUUAUUAUCUUUCGGUCACCUCAAAGCUUAUUUAACAUCAAUGCGCCAUUCCGCUUUCCUCACAUAUGUGCCUAUGCUAUAGGUAAUUGCCAUGCACCGUAUCGGAAUCAAGUCACUAGCCCACAUCUAAAUUUGAAUCGAGCCCAUGAGAAUCAUCUAGAGCCAGGGGCAGCGGAGUCCUGCUAGGAUACUACCCAUAUUUGAAUCAAUUAGGGCUGCAAAGAUGGUGUUAUUAAUAUCAUUUUCGCAUCUAUUUACAGCAUCUUCAAGUUGACGUGAGGGAGGUUUAUGAAAAGACUUCGUAUAAAACGCUCGUAAGAGAACGAGUCGACGUUUUCAGAAUCGAACUAAAUGCAAAUAGCUCCCAGAGAAAACUAUUUUUAAUACCUAAAACGUUUAACUCCGAAUGGUAUUAGCUAAACGCCUACAAUGGUCCGUGUUCGCCAGAGUGCAUUGUGGUAUCAAGGGGUAAUGUUCAAUCAAAUAAAAGAUCCGGAGCACUUUUUCAGUUCUACUGCGUCAAGAAUCUCUUAGGCUCAGGUUGUUCGACGUACCAGCAUAUUCGUUCUUUGCCUUUUCUAGAACUAUCAGAGCUUUUAAGGAGAUCGAAAUUUUAAUGACUACUAUUAGAUAUAAAUAUUACUAUUUUUAUCUCUAUUGAAAUACCGAAAUUUAAUAUCAGCAUGCAUGAAUAAUGCUAAAAAUGACAAUGAAGCUUAACUAAUUCUAUAUAUAUAUAUAUACAUACAUACAUACAUACCUAUAUAUACACACAUGGAUAUUCACAUACCGUAAUUGAUAAUUUAGU